CAUCAUUUGAUUGUAUUUGUUGGUAGAUUGUAUAUAGCAGCUAUCUUACACAACCGUUUCACCAUCUCGGCGAGCGGCAUCAACGACUUGAAACACCAGCGACGGCAAUUUGAGCCCACCAUCGGAAAUAGCAGCUCAAAAGUACUAGAACCAGACCGCGACACCCUUUGUCAAUAUACAAGUAAAUACAAUAUCACCAAGAGCUACACAAUACUUCAUAUAUUGUUGAUAUACCUACACCCGCCACCCACCCUUAGGGUAGCGACGGCACGGCCCUUAACAACACCACAUCCACUGACAACUCACCAUACCCAAGACGCUUGCAUAAAUACCGUUUAUUUACGGCAAGAUCCGUAAAAGCCUCAUUGUUGGAAUGGAACAGCGUUGAAAACGCAAUGGCAGAUGCCUGCUGCUAACCGCGCCUCCCCGACGAUUCAGACGAGGGGGGCGGCCACGUUUGUCUGGAUCUCCCAUCUCGGCCCUACUCUAUCUGACCAGGUUUUCGUAGUUUCCAUGUUUCACGGAGAGAUCCAUGAAAGCGAAGAAACGCCGGGCGAUGGUUUCUAUAGACUGCCACACUUGUCUCGGUCGCAUCCCGGACUUGGGCAUAGACUGCAACGGCUUUUCCUCCAAGUGUCUACAUUAUAACGGUCAAUUCCGCAUGUUAGUCUCCUCAUUGCAUCUGCCGAGAAUGCAUCUUCUGUGUUGUAUAAUUUGCAGAGGAGCCAGGCGCCAAGCAUCACGUCAACGCUGUAUAUUGCUUCUACAUUGAGCAGCGCGGUCCGUGGGUUUCACACCACUUGACCGAUAGCCACCCCCAAGAUGGACCAGUUUCACGGAGGUGGUAGUGGCUAUUUUCUGCAACAGACCCUUUACCGUCAGCUAGUCUCGUGAGUGAGUGCUUGCUUACAAGGUAUCGGCCGGCGGCGGUGCUAGUGAGUCUUGAGACGGCGAAGGCCCAAGCACACACCAAGCGAGUGAUGUGUACGCUUAGCUGCUGGCGCUAGUGUCCUCCCUCGAUCUACAGGUGGGUGCACGGUGGAGUUUAGCCGUGCAGCGAGCGAAAGGCUAGAGAAUGUGCCGAUCUAUAAUUUCCUGUUUUCCAAGGGUGCGUCAGAGGCAUUAACCGGUGCCCAUACGAUGUAAUACGGGUAUAUUUUGCCAGAAUGGCUGACAUUUAUUUUGUGUACUUUUGUAUUGGCGAAGCAAUAUAUCGGCUGGGCAGGUAAUCAAUCCUUGUAUGUCUUUCGGUGACGCAGCGGACAGAGUCCGACUAUGGGACCAGUUGUAAAUUUGUAUUGCCUCUGUAUGAGUGGUUCAUGUACUUAAAAGUAAAAAUAAUAAUAAUGAAUAAAGUAAAAUAAUGUUGCCUACCUAUGGGCCAUCAUCCAUCUGCAGGGUCUGGCGUGUCAUGAAUGUGUCGUACGUGCACCCGCAUUUGUAGUAGCGGCCGGAAGACCAUUUCUCUCUGGCCAUGUCUGCGUCACAUGAUCUCUACACCAGCUAUUUUUGCCUGAAUCAGACCAUUCUACGGCCCCUCUCAGACCAAAACCCUGAAUGAACUGGCCCUUACGUACGAUGGCAGAAUGCAACGGUAUCUCUUGGAUUGCGCGCGUGUUCAAUAUUGGGGAGGCUGCAGGCCAGAAGAGUGCAAGGAAAUGAAUUAUGGGCAACUUUUGUAAAAAAUAAAUUAGUUCCAAGACUUUUUGUUCUCUGGGGGACCCUGCUGUUCUGGCAGCAAGCAAGUAACAGGCCCUGCAGGGGGCGCAGCGACUUGUGUGAGUGUGCCUCAGUUCACUGCAGGCGCUUGGUGCCAGGCGGAGACAGGCACGCAGCUCCACCGCCGCCAGCGCGUAGAGCCAAUAGCAGGCCUGCCCUGAAUCUAGCCCCACCGGGCCGCAGCCAUUCGCAGGCCGCCGUGCCUGCAGCCCGUUUCGUUUUGUGUGCGAUAAGCUGAGCGAGCAGAAUUCUCGUGUCCUCUCUCUCCCGACUCUUGUGUUUCGUUCUCCUUCUUUUUUCCUCGCAUCACCAAACAACCAAACACACUCUUUCAACCCAACCAACCAAACAAAGCCCGUCUUCGCUCGUCCAGCACGACAAGAUCCACACUCCUUUUUUCCUCGAGAUUUAUUUUCGCCAGCCUAGAAUUCCGGUAAUUCUUUCCCGACUCUCUCUUUUCCACCGAAAAAAUGCGCGCUUCUACCGUCUUCGCCAUUGCCGCCGCCGGCCUCGCCAACGCUGCUGAGCCCUCCACUCUCACCGUCGUCUCGACCAUGACCCAGACCAAGACGCUCACCAGCUGCAAGGCCGGCUACACUGGCUGCCCCGUCAAGCACACCAGCAGCAGCAUCCCUCACAACACCACCACUGUUGUGCCCACCUCGUCUGCCAAGUGGAACGUCACCAACUCGACCAGCACCUACUGCCCUACCGCCUCGUGGACCAGCAGCGUCCCUGUCGUCAUCACUCCCACUGCCUCCAGCCCUGCUCAGCCUCCUGCUGUCAAGCCAUCCAGCGGUGCUGUUGCCGGUGCCAACAUUGCCAAGUCUGGCCUUGUUGGCGCUGCUCUCGCCGCUGUCAUGGCCAUUGCUUUCUAAGCAGGCACCCACACAGACGCGGCACAAUGUUGGCGCGGCGGCCACACCGCUAUUCUUGAUCCUUUUUUUUUUGCUCGUUUCGUUUUAAUCGAAUGCUGAGGUAGGGUUCGCAUGGCGGAUCGUACAAUGGUCCAUUUCGAGAUUCAGGUGUUGCGUUGCGGCUUACCCCUGCUCCGCCGUUGGAGCUUAUCCACUUUGGGCUGUUGAGCACUGCCACGCAAACUCUCCCAGCAGCAGUUGAAAACAAAACGGAAUAUCAAGCAAACGCCAACAAAAAACAUGUCACUGCAAACGCCAAGAGCAUGCUUGUCCAUGGCAUGCGCUUUCUUCUUCAUGUCAUUCAUUUCUAUUUUAUUUUACUACCGCACACACUCUUUUUAAACUAUUUCUGCUCGAGGCACGAUCGCGCGCAUCUUGGCGAAUUGCGACUCUCGAUGUAUCCGCGCACGACCAUGGUUCAUGGCUGCUCUUGGCGACUUGCAGAGCCAUUUUGCAAAUCUGGGUCGUACUCUGGCUAGAGUACCGGAUUGUCUUGAUUUUUUUUUAAUCUUUGUUUUGCUAGCUAUCCCCCGGCUUGCCACCACGUACAGAUCGGCUACCACUCGCACACACGGGCAAUCUCGUUUUUCUCAGUCUAUUUUGACUUUUUUAGUUUGGUCUUGGUUUUUAGCUUCGCUCGGUAUCUAGAUUGAAUCUUGGGAAUAUAGAGACGGUUUUUUUAUUAAACUCUCUCUUUUGGGGUUCCAUUUUAUUUUCUUGACGCAUUCCACGGACCAUGUCUCACUCCAUCUUCCAGCUGCUCUCUACCCUGUUCUGUGUCUCCCAACAUAAAACCAACCAGGCUUCUCUUACUAGCAGCCUCGGUAAGUUCCAGAAGAGACACACGCCCGCUGUAACUUAACGUAUUCCCCCUCAUGCAUACAUAGAAGCCCCGAUGCCAAGCGUUAUCUAGCAAUGCGUGUCUCUUGUCUCAUUCCGAGGUUCCCCGCAGCCUGCUUCCUUGUUAUUUCCGCCAAUUGCGCUUCCGUCGUCGCCGCUUUCCAGCUGCCUUUGUCCCAAUAAUCCCUGUCAUGGAUUGCCACCAAGCCUUGUUAUCCCCGAUGCCCAAGCAUUUUCUACAAAAGUUUAUUUCUCCGAACGCGGCUUGCAUGCCGGCAUGCCGCCCCUCCCAAGAUACCACCAUCGUUUUCUAUAAUCUCUUGUUCACUGCAUUAGCUGUUAUGUUUGACCGCCUACUCUAGAUAGAUAGCGGAGACCAGACUACGUUUCUUUCUAGCAUCGUUGUCAAGUGAACCCUAAUCGCCUACACUAAUCCUCGCGCAACGCAAUGUUAAGCCCGAAUAGCGAGAAUGGGCCGAUUUCAAGGAACGGUUGGCCGGGCCAUCAACCUCGCGCCCCCUCCGGUCUGUAUACUGGUCUUCACCGAACAUGCCUCGGUGAUAACGAGCACAGUGUUAGCAAACAGACGCCCUCCGUUUAAUAUAAACAACCACGUAUUUGUAAUAUAUAACUCUUUUUUUUUCUUUCCGAAGGUGCUGUGCUGUACACGUCAGGGCCUCUCUUACACGUGGAGGCCACUUCAGCCCAGCAAGGCCACUCACACAAACUAACACACACGCCCCCCUCCACCGUCCCGCACACAUGUAAGAUCGCACCCAAGAGCCCGGCGCCGGGCGUAAAUAUGACAAGUCGCAGAAGAGGCCUCUGUCAACCUGCGCCUUCAGCCCUGGACAGAGUGGAAAAUCCAAAGCCUAGUAGACGAUGACGACAGUACCUACACUAACCUCCAAUAACCACACAUGAAAAAAAAACGUAAACAGGGCCCCCCUCUGCUUGCCGCUCCUUUCGGCAGUUUCAGUUGCCACGGAGCUGCGCCGAGGCACCAAGCCUGCUGCUGCUCGGAAAACAAGCUUUUCUUUUCUUUUCUUUUUUUGAUCCCUUUUUUGUAUCUGUCAUGAAUGACACGGCCACGCCGCUUGGCGGUGGCUCAGAUGCACCAGACCAACGUAAUGUAUUAGUUGGGUUGCGAGGCCUCAAAGAGCAUGCAUAGCGGUGUUGAUGCCGAGGGACGCUUGGAAGUUUCAGUGCGCAACGGGUCGCUUAGCCUUUGGCAUGUUUCUUGCUGGUCAGUGCUCAGGCGGCAUCUUUUACCUUUAUUGUAUUUCGGUUACCUCGUUUUGCGAGCUAGCGAGCCUCUUUCACGGGCCUGGCGAGGAGGGCAUGAGUCGUGUAGCUGGAGCUCGCCAUGCGUGUCUCCGCGCACCGCGCGCUGUGCGCACUGAAUCGAGGCAAACUGUGACAUGAUGGCGUAUAAUUAAAAAAAUAGAUUCUGUAAUGGCUGUAUAUGCUGUAAUGAGAAAAGAAGAAACUCCUGCGCUGAAAAAAAAAUUCCCCCAAAUCAAGCGAACUAUACCAAACCGUCGAUGCUCGCAUGGCCCCAUGCCCCCCAGUCUAUGUCAUGUUUGUUACUUUGCAGCACAGCCAUUAUUGUGACCGCUGUUUGCUGCUUCGUUUGUAUUCCAGACGCCCAAGAGCAAGCGGUUGCAAUUUUAUCCCGUCUAUUUGUUGAGAAUUGCCACACUGCCCACCCAUAAUAGUACAAAUGUGUUUGCUCAUUCCAGGUAUCGUGUCCUUCUGCAUGACAUUCAGCCUUCCCAGAAGGACUAUGCAGGUAAUUUUAUGCGGCCGUUAUUGUUUUGUUCGUAAUGCGGUGUAGCAACCCCCUCUAUGGGGCUUUUUGUUUUGCCUCAUGUGCUGGCCCAAUACUCGAUAGGUCGACAGUGCUGGGCCAUUGGUAGAGCCUCGACUUCAAUCGUGGUUGAUUAGCCGCACAAUCGUGGCCCAAUGGCAUAUCUCAUGUCAUUCUAUGAACAUGGUACUCCGCGAGCCUGCGCAAUAGCACAGACCGUGCAAAGCGAAGAGUUCGAGUCGGCUAGGUUCUGGCAAUGGUGUACGUUUGCAUGUGCACAGAGUUUGUUGGCGUAGGUUAUGAUGGCUGGUAGUCCAGCGUCACCGUCAUCCUCGUCGUCAGAGGGGGCGUAAUAUGGUAUGACAAUAGGGUUGCCUAGCUGCAUAAGCUCCCAGCUUUCCUGCAUAGCUUCAGGAGACGCCCGCAUGAUGAACGAUAUCCAGGCGAACGAGUCAGACCAACAGUAAAGUUAGUGUGUGUAUGGGUGAAUAGGAAGGGGAUGGUGAUAAUGACCAAGAAGCAAUUGACCUAUUGGUGGUGGGAGAGAAGGGUUCUCUUCGAGGUCAAUGCUUGGCUAGUCAGGAAGAAGCAUAAGCUCAAGACAGGAGCCAACGUUCUUUAUAAGUACAAAGGCCCCAGACGGAGAUCGAGAUCGUUGGGAGUUGGGAGACAACGAGAAAAGAAGCGUGCGGGUGUUGGCCACCAAGGUGUGUGUAAUUGGACCCCGGGUGUAGGCUUGAAUGGAUUGAAGUUGGGCGAUGGCCGGAUGGAUACCCAUCGGUCAAGGUGCUUGAGAAGGGGUUGUAUAACUACCGAACAGCCCUGUGACUGAACAAGCCCAGCAGACACCGAUGCACAGGUUCCAUUCCACAAGAUGAGAGCAAGUCCAAGAGUGGUGGUCUGGGGUGAAGAAGAGAGGAGGUGGGGGGCCACAAAGACGUCAAGCUCCUGGACAAGGGGCAGUCGUUGGAGUGAGCCGUAGAUCGAGGAAAGGUGUAAGAGAGUCGGAUGGGCGUCCCGGUCCACCUCAGGAACUAAAUGGUGCUCGGCAGCGGGCCAGUUUUGCCUUAUUUGGUUGGGGGUCGAGACGCCUCCGCGGCCAGACUCUCGGACUAGCAGAACAAAGUUGGGGCUUAUAGUGUAAAUGAGCGUCAGUUUGGGCGUUCAUAGACGGCAGACCGGCGAGGUGGAGCAGAGGAGAAGCCGCCUAGAAGAAAAAGGUGACCUAAUUUUUUCUAAGACAUGGGCCAGUGCAGCAGGGCUGGUCGUGGUCGGAUGCAAGAUCUGUAAAUGAAAGAUCAUUACGCGACAUUCCCGGUUCUGGUAGCAGCAUCUUUCCCC